AUGAGUUAUUUGUUGAAAGGUGGUUUACUUCGAUCGAAACCCAACGAUCAACAGCCUGACAGAACAUUAGCAAAUCGUAACCUUGAUUAUCCGUCUUUUAUUGGAAUCGCUAGUCUGUUAAGCUUACCGCUUAGCAUAUUCUAUGUUGUUCCUAAUUUUUUUACUGUUCUCAAUGGUCCCGAAUCGAUAAUCUCAUAUGCCAUUGCAGCAUUUGUUAUUCUUAUAUCAGCAUAUCACUUCAAAGAACUUUUUCGAUUAUUUCCAAAAAGUUGCGUACUCUAUGAGGCUACCUAUUUGGUUUAUGGCGAAUUUGUUGCACAUUUGACCGGAUGGAUGUAUAUUUUUGACUCAGUCAUAUAUACUGUUAUUAUCGCAAAAUUGUGGAGCACUUAUGCGGAUUCUUUUUUUCGACAGCUGUUAAGGCCACCAUUUUUAAUCGAUUAUCAAGGAAUAAUCAAUUUUCCAUAUAUAGAAAAAUCUUAUGACUGCUUGUCCUUAGCCGCAGUAGUAGUAUCAUCGUUGGCGUCUUUAUGUGAAUACCAAGUUUUUGGUACCGUAUCAAUUUCAGUUGCAAUAGUGAUGCUUUUUACUACAAUAAGUACAUCAUUAGUUGGCUAUGCGGCCCAUAAUUUACAACACCUGAGUCUUGAAGAAUUGAAAUUGAAUAAUGAGGUGCUCAGCUGUGCCUCCUAUUUCUACUGCUCUUUUUUUGGUAUUGAAACACUGAGUAUGCUUUAUAAUGGAACACCAGCAGGAAGAAAACGAAUUUUGAAAUUACCAAUGAUCACUUGUUGCUUAACAAUAAUAAUUGUCACCAUCGUCUUGAUGGUUUAUCUAUACUUUGUGACUGUUGGAGCUGUCUGCGGGCUAUCUGGAGCAGUGAUAAUUGCCGCCAUUCCAUCUGCAGCAAUGUUAGCUGCUUUAACUGAAGAUCGACUGGUUCCGCUCUACAGUUCCGCUACUAAGAAAGUAGUAAAAGUGCAAAUUGCCCUAGUCAUGCUGCUGUCAGGAACCAUCCUUGUUUCAGUGAAAGAAUCGUUACUUUUCGCUAUCAUAAGACUGAACAGUAACGUUAGGUUAUUAAUCCUGGCUUGCUUAGUGGUCAGCACGAGACUAGAUGGAGAUAUUGUAGAAUUUGCAUACACAACAGAAUAUUCAAAACUUAAUCGUGGAAAUUUAAAUUCACAAUUUCUGUCCUCAGAUGCACUAACAGUGUAA